UUCGCGUCACGCCUCACCUAUCACUCUCUACUUCCUGCCUUAGGAGAGGGUUCGCCUUUUUGUGGGAUUCUUUGAACGUUAACGAUGUUGGCAUUCACGGGCGAAGAAAAUAAAAAUAUAUAAACGUUUCAUAGGGACGAGGAUCACAUUAAGGAGGAGAAAUGACUGCAAUUAAGCACGCAUUACAAAGAGACAUUUUCACCCCCAACGAUGAGCGACUCCUGAGCAUUGUAAAUGUGUGCAAAGCAGGGAAGAAGAAAAAAAACUGUUUCCUGUGCGCCACAGUAACCACAGAGCGGCCAGUUCAAGUCAGAGUGGUCAAAGUUAAGAAGUCUGAUAAAGGAGAUUUCUACAAAAGGCAGACAGCAUGGGAGCUGAGAGAUCUGGCCAUUGUAGAUGCUAAGGAUGCUAACAAGGAAAAUCCAGAAUUUGAUCUUCAUUUUGACAAAGUUUAUAAGUGGGUUGCUAGCAGCACUGCUGAGAAAAAUUCCUUUAUUUCAUGCAUAUGGAAGCUCAGCCAGAGAUACCUGCGGAAGAAAAUUGAAUUUGCCAAUGUUAGCUCUCAGCUACUGGAAGAACUUCCCAAAGCUGAAGAAUCCGUUCCUAGUGGAGAAAAUCCUAGUGUUGCAGGAGGAGAUGAAGAAACUUUGGAUGAUUACCAAGAGCUUAGUACAAGAGAAGAACAAGAUAUUGAAAUAAUGAUGGAUGCUUGUGAAUAUGCCAUCUCAAAUGCAGAAGCCUUUGCAGAAAAGUUAUCAAGAGAACUUCAAGUACUAGAUGGUGCCAAUAUUCAGUCAAUCAUGGCUUCUGAAAAGCAAGUGAACAUUCUGAUGCAGUUAUUAGAUGAGGCUCUGAAUGAUGUGGAUGAGAUUGAGCUGAAGUUGAGCAGCUAUGAAGAAAUGCUUCAGAGUGUAAAGGACCAGAUGGACCAAAUCUCCCAGAGUAACCACAUGAUACAGUUGAGCAAUACUAAUAAUGUAAAGCUCCUGGAUGAAAUUGAAUUUAUAGUGAAUCAUUUGGACCUGUCAAAAGGGCAUAUUAAAGCUCUACAGGAAGGGGAUCUUUGUUCAUCAAAGGGGAUUGAAGCAUGUACUAAUGCUGCAGAAGCUCUUUUGCAGUGCAUGAAUGUUGCACUCAGACCUGGACAAGACAAACUCGCUGCCGUGAGACAACAGCAACAAAUGUUUCGUGAAUUAAGAGAGCAGUUUGCAAGGAGACUUACAAACCACCUUAACAAUGUGUUUGUACACCAGUUCAAUCACUUCUCUCAGACUCUCCCUCACUUCUUUAGGGCCUCCCUCCUUUCACUUUCUGGUCAUGACCAGAGCUCUACUUUAGCUCAGCACUCUGCAGAGCUGACAUUACCAAAGCACAGCCCUUUACACAGAGAUUUGCUACGCUAUGCAAAACUGAUGGAAUGGCUGAAGAUCACACAACAUGAAAAAUAUGAAGGAUUAACUGGGAAUUAUGUUGACUACAUUUCAAGACUAUAUGAAAGAGAGAUCAAAGACUUCUUUGAGGUUGCAAAAAUUAAAAUGACUGGCACAACCAAAGAAGGAAAAAAAUUUGCUACACUUCCUCGGAAAGAAAGUGCUGUCAAACAAGAAACUGAGAGUUUGCAUGGAAGUUCAGGAAAGCUCACUGGUUCAACCUCCAGUCUUAAUAAACUGUCGAUCCAAGGUUCAGCAAGCCGUAGAUCCCAGUCUUCAUCCCUUUUAGACAUGGGCAAUAUGUCUGCUUCAGAUCUGGAUGUUGCAGACAGAACUAAGUUUGACAAGAUAUUUGAACAAGUACUAAGUGAGCUGGAGCCACUUUGUCUAGCAGAGCAAGAUUUUAUUAGCAAAUUUUUUAAACUUCAGCAGCAUCCCACUGUGCCGGGAACCACAGUUGAAGGAGAAGAUGUUGAUGGCAUAAUGCUUUCAAAACAAUCUGGUAUUGGAGGAGAAAGAACACAGUCUGGUACAUCGGAGAAGGACAUGGUCAGAAUGAUGAUGAAUAAAAUUUUUCAUUGUAUAGAGGUGGAGCUUAAUAAUCUCAUUGCACUUGGUGAUAAGAUUGACAGCUUUAAUUCUUUAUAUAUGCUUGUAAAGAUGAGCCAUCAUGUUUGGACAGCGGAAAAUGUUGAUCCAGCUUCUUAUCUAAGCACAACACUUGGAAAUGUGUUGGUCACAGUUAAAAGGAACUUCGACAAAUGCAUUUCAGCUCAGAUAAGGCAAAUGGAGGAAGUAAAGAUCUCAAAGAAAAGCAAAGUUGGAAUUCUUCCAUUUGUGACUGGAUUUGAAGAGUUUGCUGAGCUUGCAGAGACUAUCUUUAGAAAUUCAGAGAGGAGAGGAGAUCUUGACAAGGCUUAUGUGAAACUCAUCCGAGCUGUAUAUUUGAAUGUUGAAAAGGUUGCCACUGAAAGUCAGAAGACCCCUAGAGAUGUUGUCAUGAUGGAAAACUUCCAUCACAUUUUUUCCACACUGUCUCGUCUGAAGAUUUCAUGUCUUGAAGCAGAAAGAAAGGAAGCUAAGCAGAAAUAUACUGAUCAUCUGCAAAGUUAUGUAAUCUACUCUUUGGGCCAGCCUUUAGAAAAACUGAAUCAUUUCUUUGAGGGUGUGGAGGCUCGUGUGGCUCAGGGAAUUCGGGAGGAUGAAGUGAGUUAUCAACUGGCCUUUAAUAAACAAGAAUUACGCAAAGUUAUCAAGGAGUAUCCUGGAAAGGAGGUGAAAAAGGGACUAGACAACCUUUACAAAAAAGUUGAUAAACAUCUCUGUGAGGAGGAGAAUCUGUUACAGGUUGUGUGGCAUUCUAUGCAGGAUGAGUUCAUUCGGCAGUAUAAACACUUUGUUGGAUUAAUUGGUCGCUGCUAUCCCGGAUCUGGCAUUACAAUGGAUUUCACAAUUCAGGAUAUUCUUGAGUAUUUUUCAAGCAUCGCCCAGUCUCAUUGAUUCUGUAUCAGAAGAUGUAAAGCAUGCAGAAGGUGUCGUGCUGGUUGUUAAUAAACUGCUUGAUUCAGACACAGCUUGGAAUGGGAAGACUGUGCAAUCUACUUAUUCACGCUACCUUUCUACUUUAUUUUUGCUUAUUGUUUAUACAUUAUUAGGGAAGAUGUCAAGUAGCAGAUUUCUUGCUUUACUACUAGACACCUGUUAAAUGCAUUAAUUUUAUAUUUUGUUGUUUUGUGUUAUGCAUAUGUACAUAGAACACUAUCAGGUUACCCUAAGAAAUUACUUAAAGUGAUUACAAUUAUUUUCUUUAGUUAACAUUAUACUUGGUAUUUAGAUGGCAUUUAUAUGUUUUAAGACUACAAUUAAAAUAGAACACUAGUUAAAAAUUAUGUACAGCUCAGAUACAGUAUGCCAAUUUUCAUUCAGCAUAUUUUAAUUAAUUUAUUACUAACGACCCUCCUGUGACCCUAAAUUGGAUUAAGUGUGUGUGAGAAUUUUAUAACUAAUAGCAUUAAAAUGUGAAUCCUUGUAAAAUAAAAAAAAAGUGCCACUGAGUUGUAAAAGUUUUUUUUUUUUUAAUCUAAGCUUAUAGUUGUAAGUACAAGUUUCAUGAAAUACCUUGAAUUCAGGAAUAUCACAAUGAUAACUUUUUUUUUUUUAAGACACUAUCAUCAUCUGCAUUUUUAAUUAUAAAUCCUGUAGCACUGUUUCGUGUUUUAUCUCUGUGACAUCCCUUUUUUUUGUUUGCACUUUAAUAUUUUAUUAAUUCAUGCCUUUUAAACAACCCUUUAAUUGUCUUUUCUUAAAACUGUAAUUCGGACUAAGCCGUAAGGGAUGUUAACGGUGUGAAUUAUGGAGCCUUGCCAGCUGGCAUGAGACAGAAGAGCUGAAAGUGUCUUCUUGUUCUGGAUGACUGCAAUCUUGAAGAUGUCUUUUUAAAAUAGUUUUAGAGGACAAAAAAUGUAUUGCGUGAAUGAAUUGAAUUUGUAGGAAUGUGUGAUGCCCAGUUUGCCCACAGCUAGCAUGCUCCUCUUCAACGUGGAACAUCGAUAGGACUGGGCUGAGUGAAGACACGGAACAUCACAGAGUGCUUAGUGCUUUAAUUUAUCAAUUUAGGAAAGUCAAUAAAUCUACAAUAAAAUCUUUGUGGUGAUAAAAACCAGGAAAAGAGGGUCCUUCCAUACAUGAAAAUCCAAGGAUAAAACUAUGCAUCAUUCCCCCCACUAUCUAACCACCACAAUCUCUUGCCAGCCGAAUGCUUCUGUCUCCCUUCUUCUCCCCAGAUCAACCUUUGAGUCAUUCAGUGCUUGAGCUCGAGCUCGGACACUAACAGCUGCGGUCCCUUUAUCUGUCUCCCAACCACCAUAUCCUGGGAUGGUCUGAGUUGGACCUCCAUCAUCCUUCCACCAAUACGGAUUCUUGCAGGACCCCUGCAGUACUCGAUCACACCCUGCUCCUCCUUGGUGCUCAGCAGGAGUGCCAUUCCUCUUGCCUCUCUCCUCCGUACUGCCUCACCCUCUCACCAUCUCAAGCUCCUUUUAUACGAUUGUGGGUAAAGGUGCCUUAAGUACACCCUGUGGGUUGUUAAUGAGGAAGUUGGCUCAACUGAUCAUGCUUUCACAUGCAAAUGCAAUUUACUCACUCCAGGGCCACACAGCUUUACUGCUACACACUCCUACACCUGCGGAGCCCAGAUUGACUGGUUUUAUAAAAAACUUGCGUACUUGAACAUAUCCCAAAUGCACAGCACCAUAGAGUGUGUGACAGCCACCCACAGUAUCUUAUUUAGUAUAUUUACAUAAUGAUAAACAAUGCUGAAUAACAAGAAUAUUUAGUAAUUGUCCUCAGUCUUGUUUUUCUAUUUUAUGGUUCAAUACAUUUUUUACUUGUACAACUGUAUUCUAAAACCUUAGCUGAUUCUAUGAUUCUCUGCUCAUCUGCUUCAUGUUGAAAGCCACACCGGGUGAUAUUAAAUACUGUUGUUAGCCCGGUAGACAUAUUAGCGUCCUCCCAGCCUUUUCUUCAACCUGGAGAUUAUUUCCAUUGAGGCUACACGUCUGGUCAUUAGGAUUGUGUCGCAAAGAAAGAGUUAUAAAAUUGUGCCCUGAACACUAAAAUAAAGUACAUCUUCACUAACGCAUAAAUAGGCAUUCUGUGUGAUGCCAGUUUAUUUGGUGCCAAUAUCUGUUCAUGUAAGCAAGUUUUUUCUUUGUCAUUUUGCUAAAUAUUUAUUAAAGAUAACUAUACCAG